AUGGAAGUGGAGGUGGAGGUGGUGGAGGAGGAAGAGGAAGAGGGAAGGGAGGAGGAGGAGGAGGAGGAGGAGGAGGAGGAGGAGGAGGAGGAGGAGGAGGAGGAGGAGGAGGAGGAGGAGGAGGAGGAGGAGGAGGAGGAGGAGGAGGAGGAGGAAGAGGAGGAGGCGGGGGCCCAGGAGCACACUGGAGCGGCGAGGAGGGGAGAUGGGGAGGGAGUGGGCGGAGGGGGCGGAGAGAGAGGAGACGAAGUGGGAGUGGGCGGUGAAGGAGGAGGUGUGUUUGAGGUGUCAAGAGGAGGGGAGGAGGAGGAGGAGGAGGUGGAGGAGGAGGAGGAGGAGGAGGAGGAGGAGGAGGAGGAGGAGGAGGAGGAGGAGGAGGAGGAGGAGGAGGAGGAGGAGGAGGAGGAGGAGGAGGAGGAGGAGGAGGAGAGAGGCGGCGAGGUAAGAAAUGACGAGGGGGACGGGAUGGAAGGUGGUAGGGAAGGGAGUGGUGUGGUGCUCCCGUUGCCUACCUGCUGCUUCCCCAAAUUCAUUGCUGCCUCUUUUCCCAGCCUCACUGCCCGCACCUUCUCCACUUCUUCCCUCUCUCUCCCCAACCUCACUGCGACCUUCUCUCCUAGCCCCUCUGCCCCCUCCUUCCUUAUCUCCCCUGCUCCUUCCUUCCCCCCCUCCACUGCUCCCCCUUUCUCUGCUCCCUUUUCUGCUCCCGCCUUCCCUGCUCCCACCUUCCCUAGCUUCACAGCUCCUUGCGCCCCCUCCCCCAAGGGAGCCGCCCACUCCCCCUGCUGCAGCGACCAGUACAGGGCCAGCCAGGCUCGGCACCACACCGAACAGAACCCCCAGGCUUGGUCGUGGAUUGGCCGCGACGGCGGCUCCUUGAAGGUGAUUGGCCGGGAGGGGGAUGACGGCUGUGAAGUGGCGGAGGAGGAGGGGGAGGGGGAGAGUGGAGGGCUGGUGGGGUACGGAGGAGGAGAGGAGGAGAAGCAGGUCGUGGGGCGUGCGGGAGAAGCGGAGGGCUUGAGCUGCCACUAUAGCCGGACGGAGCUGGAAAGGGGGGAGGGGAGGGGAGGGGAGGAGGGAGGGGGGAGAAUGAGGGGGUGUGGGAGAAGAGGAGGGCUUGAGCUGCCACUAUGGCCGGGCGGAGCUGGAAGUAUAAUUCUUGGGGGGGGGGGGGGAAGAGGGAGGGGGGGAAAUGAGGGGGAGAGUGGAGGGUUGGCGGGGUACGGAGGAGGAGAGGAGGAGGAGGAGGUCGUGGGGGGUGCAGGAGAAGCGGAGGGCCUGAGCCGCCACUAUGGCCGGACGGAGCUGGAAGGGGGGGGAGGGAGGGGAGGAAGAGGUGGAAAUGAGGGGCAGCAGCGUGGAGGGUCGGCGGGGAACGGAGGAGGAGAGGAGGAGAAGAUGCGGAGUGCUUGA